AUGGCAUCGUCGACAGGAGUUGUCGUUCCACGAAACUUUCGCCUUCUUGAGGAACUUGAAGCAGGACAGAAGGGCGUAGGAGACGGUACCAUAUCUUGGGGUCUCGAGAAUGACGAUGAUAUGACCCUUACUCACUGGACUGGCAUGAUCAUUGGUCCUCCUAGGACUCCAUACGAAAACAGAAUGUACUCACUUAAAGUAGAAUGUGGCGAGCGUUAUCCGGACGAGCCACCAACGCUGAAAUUUCUAUCGAAAAUCAACAUUAACUGCAUCAACAGUCAGAACGGUGUGGUUGAUCACAGGAUGGUUCCGGUGUUGAGCAGAUGGAACCGUGAUUACACGAUUAAGACAAUUUUACAAGAAAUACGUAGGAUUAUGACACUAAAGGAAAACCUAAAGUUAACACAGCCUCCGGAGGGUAGUUGCUUCUAGUGCUCUUAAUUCAACGCUAAA